UCCAAAUCAGUUGCCGCCAGUUGCCAAGUUGAAAGUCGUCGACUUAGUCUAUUGCUGCUCGAAAUUGAAGACGCUAAUAAACAAGAGUUUGGCUGAAAAGAUCUGCGCAGAUUCCAGUUGACCUGCUGUGACGGAGCAGCCGCAGUCGAAGUAUACCAAAGUAUAACGCUUUAGCAAUAAGAGGAACACGCUGUAUACCCUUGAGGAAACCGAGGUAGUCGGAAAGGCUUCUGAAGAUUUAUAAUAUUCCGUGUUGUUUCUCGAGUGUGGCAACGGGAAAACCCGCAAAGAAACAGCCCAGCAAUCAUGGCCGCCGAACAGCAAUUGAAAGAUAAAAAAAAGAAUCGAUUCCGCGAACGCUUUCUAUUGACACAGGCAGCAUCACUGGACGAAGUAGUGACUCCAUCGGCAGGAUCGACGGAAGGUGACGAUCCGUCUCGCACCGCGGCUUCUACUAGCUUGUCGAAUUGUAGCCGAAUGCGGAGAAUGCUCUUCCGGCGUACGAGAAGUGAGACGGAAGGUGGAACGCGUAGUCCGCGCGUUAGUAAAGCAAAUUCUAUCGCCAACUCAACUCCGGAACAGGGUCAUCCGCGCUUGAAUUUCACACCUCAAUCAGCUGUUUUGGAAGAGGGUUCCACUGCGUCAACGGUGGUCACGCGACUCCAGUCCUUGAUGCCCCGAUCACCACCACCUCCUUACGACGGCAAUUCUGAGAGCGAAUCGGUACGUUCGGGGAGUAUAUGUCCACCCACUUAUGAUGAAGCAAUGGCGCAGAACGGACCCAACGACCAGAACGAUUCGAAUCUUUCAACAAUGGUUACUGCCAUGCCGAUUGGAUACUGCAACUGUCGUGAAUGUCAAGCUAGAUACUUCAACGCCGAAGAUGAGGAACAAGAGGACAAUUGUGGCGAUGCAGUUUUCCCAAUGGAGACUCAUGUGCUGAUGCAAGAAGUCCUUGCUGACGGAAUGGCUUUUUGCAGCCUCAUGUGAUAUGGCGAAUUUGAAAUUUCACAUGAAGAUAUGGGAAAAACGCGCAAGACCAAUGGAACAGCAGAUUUCCUGACGCGGCAAAAUCCACAGACAAGAAAACUAAUAUAUAAGCCGAGAGUAAAAACUCAAAGCCAUAAUUCUUUAUUUCCCCCCCAGAAUAAUAUAUAAAUCCAGCUACAUUUAUAAAGAAAUAACUCGUAUGAUUUUAGAACGUAAAGGAUAACUUGGACCGUCUAGAUUAUAACAGAA